UAUGCCGAGAAUCACGGAUUCGUACAGAAUAUGAUGUAUGACUCGUACUAUGGUGACUUUUUCUUAAUGGGACCCAAUGACACAGCUUCUGUACCCCACUGGUGGGAUUGGGCUGAACCGAUAUGGAUUACCGCAGAAAAACAUGGAAUACGGAGUGCACUUUACUGGUGGGAUGGUUGUCAAGUGGAAAUCAAGGGCAGAAAACCUACUUACUGCCGUAAGUACAAGUACGUAGGUUACUCCUGGCCGACAGUCAACGAGGACGCGAAGGAAGCUUUACUAACUGCCCUCGAUCUCCUCGAGAAUGACGAAAUACAACUAGUACAAAUCUACUACGAGCCAGUGGACUUCUAUGGCCACAAAUAUGGCCCCAAUUCCGAUGAAAGGAAACACGCAGUCAAAGACAUCGACAACCUUUUAGACUUGGUGCAAAGAGAAAUGGCGACGAGAGGACUGGACAGUAAGGUUAACAUGGUAGUGGUGUCGGACCAUGGUAUGACAUCUACUGAUUCUAGAGGGUUGAAUGUUAUUAAUCUGCAGCAGAUCAUAGACAUCUCAGAUAUUCGUUACAUGGUCUACUACGGUGCUACGAGCAUGUUACUUCCAUAUGAAGAUAAACUUGAAAAGGUUUAUGAAGCUUUGACUGGUAUUCCUGGCCUCAAAGUAUACAAAAAGGAUGAAAUUCCAGAACAUUAUCAUGUGAAACAUAAUAGAUUAACUCUUCCGUUAUUGCUUGUGGCAUCCAAAAAUUAUUAUAUUCAGGGACUGGAUAUUCCCGGAAAAAGUAUUCCAACCGGUUCUUCCAUAUCCUUGGGUUCACAUGGUUAUGAUCCAUAUGAAGAGCCAGAUAUGAGGAGUAUAUUCUACGCUAGAGGACCAGGUUUGCGAAGAAACUACAUAUCACCUCCUCUGCAUAUUGUGGACAUUUACAACAUCUUGUGCGACCUUCUUGGCAUAGAACCUUUGCCGAAUAAUGGAACAAUAAGUGCGACAAAAGGAAUGGUUGUGGCAAUGCAGUUUUCUUCGAGUCAUAGACUUACAAAACUUUCAUUAGAAUUAUCAACAAUUAUAUUUUUAUGCUUAUACUGGUACAAAUAUCACAACUGCAUAUCGUGAUAGUGUAUAGGUAUAUUUUUGUAUAAUUUUUAUUAAAGUUUGAUAUGAAAA